GAGAUUGUGCAUCAUUUUGUCACUAGUCAGUCUCAAUUCAGGAUAUCUUGUCCCACUCUCCUGCAACUUCCAGCUCCCACCCUCUCCAGUUCUCUAUACUCAAUCAUCGAUAAUCAUAGGCUAAGAAUCAGGCAGCAUCUUAAAGACUCUUAAAGACCGCUACAGAAGUGGAGCAAGGGGCACCACCAGCGCCGAUCAGCGCCGAUUGGUGAGGUUCAAGUAAGCGACCGGUCAGCAAAGCGGUCGCUCAAUCCCCGCCAUCAUUGGCGCCCUUCGGUAUCCAUCUGUUACCUAUCCGGGCAUUGGAACCAGCUAAGGGGCAGGAAUGGGGGAAUUGAAGCCGCAUCAUGUCGGAAAUCUCGCAGUACAAACCCCGCAUGUCAAUUAUUGGCGCCAGUGGAGUCAAUUUCCGACUACGUUACCUGCGCCUAUAUUAGUAUAAUGCUUUCCCCAGUUCUUUCCUUCGUCGCUCUUCAAUUGCAUUCCCCGAGAAGCUAAAGCGAUGCCCGUUUUUACAGAAUACGCCUCGUCGUCACGCGACCUCCGCGUCCUGCCAUCUUUCGCGCCUCCUCUUCCCCGACUUUCCCCAGCCUUCACUCCCAAUGCUGACCGCGGUUGCGAAUGUUAUGAAGUCGUCAUCGUCGGCGCCGGUCCCGCAGGUCUCAUAUUGAACGUGCUUCUCGCGCGCUACGGCCUCUCCGACGCCUCGCUGCUCUGCGUCGACGCGAAACCCGGGACUCUGAUAUCCGGACAGGCGGACGGACUGCAACCGCGCACGCUAGAGGUCUUGAAGUCACUGGGUCUCGCUGACGAGAUUCUCAACGAUGGCUGCCACAUGGCGGAGGUGGCAUUUUGGAAUCCUUCCGAGAACAAGGACGAGGUUAUUGAGCGCACCUCGAUCGUGCCGGACGUGGCUGUGCCCGCGCGAUUCAAGCACGAAGUAACGAUCCAUCAGGGCCGCCUAGAGCGGAUCCUGGAGACGGAUCUGUUGCGGUAUUCGCGGCGCGGCGUGCAGCGGAACACUAAACUUGUCGAUGUGCGCACCGACGAGGAUGGUGACGCGGAGUUUCCGGUCCUCGCGGAGAUCGAGACGGAGGGUGAACGGAGGACAAUUCGAUCGAAAUAUCUGGUCGGUGCGGAUGGAGCGCACUCGGUUGUUAGACGGUGCAUGGGCUUGAACUUGGUGGGCGAGUCGAUGGAUCACAUUUGGGGUGUUGUCGAUUUAGUGGUUGAUACUGAUUUCCCGGAUAUUCGACGACGGUGCGCGAUUCAUUCACCUGCGGGAUCGGUCAUGGUCAUUCCGCGCGAGCGAAUUGCGACUGGGGACUACUUAACAAGGUUGUACGUCCAGGUGCCGGAAGACGAGGUCUUGGAGGGGCAGGUCGCCGCAAACGGGUCUGGUGACCAGAAGGGGCGUGCGAAGGAGCGAAGGGGAAAGGUGACAUUGGAGGGGAUCUUUCAGCAAGCGGUCGAUGCUCUGAAGCCGUAUUAUAUCCGACCGAAAUAUGACGGAGCGGUAGAUUGGUGGGCUGCAUACCAGAUCGGCCAGCGAGUGACGAAUGAGUUUGCGGUGAAGGAUUCGAAUGACAUCAACCGGGUCUUUAUAGCGGGAGAUGCUUGUCAUACACAUAGUCCCAAGGCUGGCCAAGGCAUGAACGUGUCUAUGAUGGACUCAUAUAAUCUGGCCUGGAAACUAGCUCACUCUAUCCAUGGCCUUACCCCCGAGCCGGAGGGCAAAGAAAAGUCCGAUCCUAUCCUUGACACCUACCAUACGGAACGCCAUACGAUCGCUCAGGAGCUAAUUGAGUUCGAUCGGGCAUUUUCCUCCAUGUUUUCAGGGAAAAUAGGAUCCGCAUAUGACGGUCUCGACGGGUUGACUCAUGACCAAUUCUUGGAGGUGUUCAGCACCGGCAAUGGAUUCACAUCUGGCUGCGGAAUCGAAUACCCCGAGAACUUGACGAUUGAGAAAUCACACUGUACAGACUCCAAGUACCCGGUCCAACGCACAGACUAUCUCCUUGGAGUCCUUCGACCAGGGAGACGACUACUAGAUGUGCAACUGAAGAGGCACGCCGACGGAGUUCACAUCCACUUACAAGAUGGUACUGACCCUUUCCACCCCUAGCCAGGCAAUUCGCUAACAUGCAAUACAGAUUUCCGCUCAACCGGUCGCUUCCGCAUCUUGUGUCUAACCUCGUCAGAUCUUCUCGACCUCCAGGGAACCUCAGCCAAGACUUUAACGGCCCUUGGGUCCUCCGUGAUUCCACGCUUCCCACCUUCCGUCGUCGAACAGGUAGUUGUCCAUCCUCAACUAUCCAGAUCCUUCACCUGGCGAGAUGUGCCCGCCGAGCUGAAGAAAUAUUCCGAAAUGAGAUUCCACAACGGCUACGAGAUUGAUGAUGCGUACAAAACGUACGGUGUGGGUGCAGACCAGGGAGCUCUGGCUGUUAUUCGACCCGAUGGGUAUGUUGGAACGGUGGCAGCAUUAGAUGAUGUGGACCGCGUAGAAAGGUAUUUAGAACGGUGUCUGCGAACUGUAUAGACAAGCGUCGAUUGGGAUAGAUGGCAAUUUCGCAUGAAUAUCUAGAAUCAAGAAGCGGUGAGCUUAUAGGGAUCGACAAUGAUAGAGGUUCACAUUGACAGAGAUGCAUUUGUUUUUAUUGGAUGGUUAAGGCCUGUAGGUAUGUGCUGGACUUUGUCAUAGCUAAGUGCAGCCUGUGAGUCAUGGAUGGCGUCUUUUAUAGCUGCAGAAAAGCUAAAGACGUAUAUAAAAAUGAUUUUGGGUCAAUCAGUAGGCUUAAGGAAGGAACGAGAGAAUUGUACGGGGAAACAGAGCCAUGUCAACUCCCAGGCAACGUGAACAUAAUGGGGAUAAUCUCAAGGAAUUUAUAUAUAAUAGCCUUUGCCAAGUUCAAACAAUCAGCAGAGUCCAAAUUCCGUGGACUGUAAGCUCCGUCGGCUAAUCGGCAUGACAGCCCAAAGCACUCAAGCAGAAAACAAACAUGAGCAUCCAGACCAGCCCAAAAACCCUCCCCAGGCAGCGAUGCAUUGAUCGACAAUCC